GGCUGAGGAGGAGGCCGAGGCUAAGCGUAAGGCUGCGGAGGAGGCUGAGGCUAAACGUAGGGCUGAGGAGGAGGCUGAGGCUAAACGUAAGGCUCAGGAGGAGGCCGAGGCUAGGCGUGAUGCUGAGGAGGAGGCCGAGGCUAAGCGUAGGGCUGAGGAGGAGACCGAGGCUAAACGUAGGGCUGAGGAAGAGUCCGAGGCUAAACGUAGGGCUGAGGAGGAGGCCGAGGCUAAGCGUAAGGCUGCGGAGGAGGCCGAGGCUAAACGUAGGGCUGAGGAGGAGGCUGAGGCUAAACGUAGGACUGAGGAAGAGGCCGAGGCUAAACGAAGGGCUGAGGAGGAGGCCGAGGCUAAACGCAGGGCUGAGGAGGAGGCCGAGGCUAAACGAAGGGCUGAAGAAGCUGAGGCUGGUCGAAAAGCCGAAGAGCUUGCUUCCAGGGUUCUUGAGUGUAGAAGAGCGAAGGAAUCUUCCAGUGCUGCGUUGAAUAGUUUUACCGAUCUCCUGAUA